UUCCUUGACGGAGCAAAAACGCGAUUUCCUCCAUCCAUCUGCACCAGAGCACAGAAGAAGUGCACAUCACGACUAAUCCGAGCAUAUAUAGCCGUUUAGGUGUUUUUUCCUGGAAUAUCUACGCGCUGUGUGAAUUAUUUUAUUUGUUUAGAUUUUUUUCUUAUCUGAUUGAAUUUCCUCUGAAAUGGAAUUAGGAUGUCGUCCCACGGUGAUGUAUUGUUUUCUGGCCGUCCUUUUUUCCGCGAUUCCACGCUACGUGGAGGGCUCGCCUUACACGGACAGGCAAUAUUUGAACGAGUGGGCCGUCGAGAUCCCGGGCGGAGUGGACGCCGCGGCGGAGAUCGCCCGGGAGUUGGACUACCAACUGGUCCGACAGAUUGGGGCCCUGAAGGAUCAUUUCUUGUUCAGACAUCGCAAACAUCCCAGCAGAAUGAAGAGAAGCGCCACGCACAUCACCAGGCAGCUGUCGGAGGAUGAUCGGGUGGUGUGGGCAGAGCAGCAGUAUGAGAAGCGACGCAGCAAGCGGGCAUCCCUCAGGCAGUGCAGGGACUGCCCGGCGGACAAGCUGUUCGAUGAUCCCAUGUGGAACCAGCAGUGGUACCUGCAAGACACACGAACGUCAUCGUCCCUGCCAAAGCUGGACCUGCACGUCAUCCCAGUGUGGCAGAAGGGGAUCACGGGCAAAGGAGUGGUCAUCACUGUUCUGGAUGACGGGCUGGAGUGGAACCACACAGACAUUUACUCCAACUAUGAUGCAUCGGCCAGCUAUGACUUCAAUGACAACGACCCUGACCCGUUCCCCAGAUAUGACGCCACCAAUGAAAACAAGCAUGGGACCAGGUGUGCUGGUGAGAUCGCCAUGCAAGCAGACAACAACAAAUGUGGCGUUGGGGUGGCCUUCAAUUCGAAAGUUGGAGGCAUUCGUAUGUUGGACGGUAUUGUGACGGAUGCUAUUGAGGCCAGCUCGAUUGGCUUCAAUCCAGAGCAUGUGGACAUCUACAGUGCGAGUUGGGGACCCAAUGACGAUGGCAAAACAGUCGAAGGUCCAGGUCGUCUGGCUCAGAAAGCCUUUGAGUACGGCAUCCGGAAGGGCCGAGGUGGGAAGGGCUCAAUCUUUGUUUGGGCAUCAGGUAACGGUGGCCGCCAGGGGGAUAACUGUGACUGUGAUGGCUACACAGACAGCAUCUACACUAUCUCAAUCAGCAGCGCCUCCCAGCAGGGCUUGUCUCCAUGGUACGCUGAGAAGUGUUCUUCUACUCUGGCUACAGCGUACAGCAGUGGAGACUAUACUGACCAGAGGAUUACCAGCGCUGAUCUACACAAUGAGUGCACUCAGACUCAUACCGGAACGUCGGCCUCUGCCCCGCUAGCUGCUGGAAUAUUUGCCCUAGCACUGGAGCAAAAUCCAGAUCUCACCUGGAGAGACCUGCAGCACAUUGUGGUCUGGACAUCAGAGUUUGACCCCUUGGCUAAUAACCCAGGCUGGAAGAGGAACGGAGCGGGGCUGAUGGUCAACAGCCGCUUCGGUUUUGGUCUUCUCAAUGCCAAAGCCCUGGUUGACCUCGCGGACCCUGCAACAUGGAAGCCUGUGCCAGAAAAAAGGCAAUGCAUCGUGAGGGAUGACACUUUCCAGCCCAGGGAUUUGAAAGCGGCAGGGGAGACCACCAUAGAGAUUCCAACUAAAGCCUGUGCAGGGCAGGAGAAUUCCAUUGGCUCACUGGAGCAUGUGCAGGUGGAGGCCAGCAUUGAAUACACCAGGAGAGGCGAUCUGCACAUCACACUUACAUCGCCAGCUGGCACUAGCACUGUGCUGCUAGCUGAGCGUGAGCGUGACUCGUCCUCCAAUGGUUUUAGAAACUGGGAUUUCAUGUCAGUCCAUACAUGGGGUGAAGACCCUGCUGGUACUUGGACCCUUAAGAUCACCGACACUUCGGGGCGUAUGGAGAAUGAAGGUCGAAUCUUAAACUGGAAGUUGAUUCUCCACGGAACGUCUGAGAAGCCAGAGCACAUGACAAAGCCUCGAGUGUACAUUCCCUACAAUGCUGUGCAGAAUGACCGUCGCGGUGUGGAACAUAUGGAUGACAUGAUUGAGGAGCCCACUCAGGCCCAUCCACCUCUGAAGACUAAAACACAAGCCUUAGUUCCUUCUGCUAUUGAAAAGAAACCCCAAAAACAAGCAAACCCCCCUGACUCCCCAACACAGGCCUUGCUGCAUCUCCUGCAGACAGCCUUUAACAGGCAAAGCCCCACCUUCCAGCAGCCCCAAUCAACCUGGGGGAAGCAGCAGCCUGCAAGAAUGUCCUCCCUCCUGGCAACAAAACCCCCGCCACAGAAGCUGUACCAAGCUCUGGACAUGAUCAACAAGUACGGUGGCCCUGGGCAUGAUGUCUACAGUGACUAUAGCGAUGGCUUUUACAGCACCAAGCCGUACAGGCAUAGAGAUGACCGGCUGCUGCAGGCCCUUUUUCAGAUAAUCAAUGAUGACCAGAAUUGAGAGAGAGAGAGAGAGAGAGAGAGAGAGAGAGAGAGAGAGGGAGGGGGGGGGGCGAAGAGAGAGAGAAUUACACUGGGAAAAAAAUUACCCAAUUUGGUCAUGUACAUCGGUUGCACAUGAUUACAAUGUUAACUGACAAUUUUCCCAUCCCUGCCCUGAAAAAGAUAGAUUAAUAUAUAUUUGUUUAAUACAUUUAAAUAAUGUGCAACUGGUGUACAUGUUCAUCUUAAGUAUAUUCAAAGGACUUUUUUUCAGUGUACAACAAUUGUUUAUGUAUUGGUUGGGGAGCAGAAGAACACGGCAAAAUUUAAGAGGAAAAGAAAAUUGUGAAUCCAAGAAAGAGCUAGUUCAUGGAUGUUUCAUUCGGUUCUGUCUGGUCCCCCAAAUGAUAGACGCCGAAUCUCCAUACUUUCAUUUCCUCAAUUAGUUCAGUUCAUUUAUUCAUUGAUUCCUUUGGUUUGUCCCUCACCCAAGAAACAUCCCUUCUACACAUUAUAGAUCUCUCAGUUAUAAAAUCUCUGCCGUCAUUUUAGUUUCUCAACUCUACUUUCUACUCAAGAACGUCACAUUGAUUACAAUUUUUUUGCUUAAAUCUAUAGUUUUCAAUGUUUAAUUAUUAAUUAAUAAUAAUUAUCAUUAUACAAAUAGGUUGGUAAACUGUGCUGUUUUGUGUUGUGUAUCGGUGACCCGGAAAGUCAUCGGCUGCCACUAGCUUUGUGUUUUAAUGACCUUUUCACACCACUCAUUUUUAGAAUAGUAACAUGAGAAACACUAGGAGAGCUACAAUUAGCAAAAUGAUCCCAAAAAUAGAAAAUAAAAUUCCACAGAACUUUCAGGCCAACAUUGGAACUUCCCCCCUGCUGCCACUGAACCCUAAAAGUCAGAAUCUAACUAGUCUGUUGAUAAAACUUGCUAACAAAUACAGAAAUACAACAACAGACAUAAUGGUGGGAAAGAACAUUUGCCCAUUACUGUGGCUUUUGUGCAUUUCCCAAUCAAAUAUUCACUACGGGGGUGGGGGCAAUUUUUAUUUUUUUUUAAGAGUGAACAUUAAACAAAUUCAGCUAAUUAAAAAUAUAUCCUGCCCAGUUCUGUGAAUGUCCAAAUUUUGUUGAGCAGUGAUUCAUUCUCAGGGUCUCUACAAACCUCUCUCAAAGUAUAGGUAUAGGAUACAUACAGUACAUACUGAAGUACGUGAAGGCUCAUAAUGCUACUGAAACAAGUGCCCCCCUUCGCCCUGCAUGAUAGGAAAAGCUAAGUUUAUGUUACCCUCCUUUUGAAUAUUUUUUUUGUGUGUAUAAGUACAAUGCUGCAUUAAAUGAAAUAUUUUUCUAAGGAUCCUCAUAUUUUAUGGAAAUAAUAUAUUAAGCCCUUAAACAAUUUACUGUUUCACUUGAUUACUGCAACAUAAAAGUGGGUAAGAAUAGAACCACUGCCAAUGGGUUGUUAAGCUUCUGUAUAUUUCAGCAGAAAAUGAAAUGUUUGUUCUAUAUAAUUUAUCAAAUAUAAGCAAUUGUUUGAAGUGUUGCAUUGUUAAUUAAGCGAAAACACUACUCUGGAGCUAUCCAGAUGGAGAUGUCAUCUGUGGGAUUGAGACUGCAUGACAACCUGCAAGUACAUUUGCCUACAAUGCAUUCACAUUAUAUUAUUUAUUAUACGACAGCAUAGUCAUCUCCACAUACUGACCAAUUUUAAAUUAGCAUUUGCAAGUUUCUUCGUCCUGAAUGAGCUUUUAUGCAGUCUCUAUAUUCCAGUGGAAUUGCCAGCCCCGCUUCUCUGCCAACCAUUUGAAAGGACAAGAACGAGGGAGAAGGGGGAAAUGCUGCAUUGUAAAUUAUCUAUAGCAUAGCCUAAAAUUUUGGUUAUUUAUGUUUGCUUCUGGCUGAUGCUUCGGUUCAGAUUUGUUUGCACAAACCAAUAUUAUGUUGCAUUUUUGGUAAUGGAUGUAUAAAAAUAAAGUAAAUAUGAGAUUUAGCAUCAAAUAAACUGCAAAGCAAC